GCCGGAGCCGGGCCUGGCCGCCCCCGCGCCGCUCCGGCAUGGAGUACUUCAUGGUGCCGGCCCAGAAGGUGCCGUCGCUGCAGCACUUCAGGAAAUCUGAGAAGGAGGUCAUCGGCGGGCUCUGCAGUUUGGCUAACAUCCCAUUGACUCCGGAGACCCAGCGGGACCAGGAGCGGCGGAUACGCAGGGAAAUCGCCAACAGCAACGAGAGACGGCGGAUGCAGAGCAUCAAUGCUGGCUUCCAGUCUCUGAAAACCCUCAUCCCGCACACGGAUGGGGAGAAGCUCAGCAAGGCGGCCAUCCUCCAGCAAACGGCUGAGUACAUCUUCUCCCUGGAGCAGGAGAAGACUCGGCUACUGCAGCAGAACACCCAGCUCAAGCGGUUCAUCCAGGAGUUCAGUGGCUCCUCCCCAAAACGACGACGGGCAGAGGACAAGGACGAGGGGAUUGGCUCACCAGACAUCUGGGAGGAUGAGAAGGCUGAGGAUCUGCGGCGGGAGAUGAUCGAGCUUCGGCAGCAGCUGGACAAGGAGCGCUCAGUCCGCAUGAUGCUGGAGGAGCAGGUUCGCUCCCUGGAGGCCCACAUGUACCCUGAGAAGCUGAAGGUGAUCGCUCAGCAAGUGCAGCUCCAGCAGCAGCAGGAGCAGGUGAGGUUGCUGCACCAGGAGAAGCUAGAGCGCGAGCAGCAGAUCCGAACCCAGCUCCUGCCAUCACAUGCUCCCCCAGCGCCCACCCACCACCCCACUGUGAUUGUUCCAGCGCCGCCUCCCUCCCAUCACGUCACCGUGGUCACCAUGGGCCCGUCCUCGGUCAUCAACACAGUCUCCACAUCCCGGCAAAACCUUGACACCAUCGUUCAGGCGAUCCAGCACAUCGAGGGGACACAGGAGAAGCAGCUGCAGGAAGAGGAGCAGAGACGUGCUGUCAUCGUGACGCCGGCGCGCGCCUGCCACGAGCCCUCCGCCUCCGACACCGCCUCUGACACCGAGGGCAAUGACAGUGACUCCAUGGACCAGAGCAAAGAAGAGCCCUCGGGGGACGGGGAGCUGCCCUGACACCCCCGGGCCGGCAGCCGGGCUGGGGACCGGGGCGGGGGGGAACGUCAGAGAAUAUGCUGAGAUUUUUAAAAAAUACAACGCGAUUUGGGUCUCUUUUA